UUAUUUAUUUUUUGCAACGUUUGAAUAUUUCAUUUUUAAUGAGGACCUCUGAAAUUAGACCAAAUAUUUUUGCCUGUUUGUUUUGUUUUAUCAAUAGUAUUUUAGUAAUUGCUUUAGAAGGCUUGUAUUUAAUUAUGUUUUAUUCUUUAUGCUUUUCACAGAUGGCUUCUUUUAUUUGAUUACGAAUACAAUAAGAAGCAGUAUAAUAUUGUGAAAUACCCCUAUUAGUCUGUUCAAAUUUCAAAUAACUGUUAUGUGGAUUAUAUUUAUUCCUGUGAUGCACCAUUACUUCAGUGUCACAUCAAAAAAUCAUUCUAACAUGCCGAUUUCCUUCUAAAUUAUUAAUUGUAUUUAAUUACCAAUAAGGGCUCUAAUUAUUAGCAGCGUUCAAAAUUCUUGCUGCUUAAUAUUUUUGCUGAACUCAUAAUACUUUUUUCCGAUUUUUAUUAAUUGUGAAUAGAUAUUCAUAUAGCAGCAUUUAUUAUAUAAAAUAUAGUUUUUGGUAACGUUAAAUAUCUUUACUGAGCAAUUUUAAUCUGUUCAAUGCAUUAUUGAAUAGAUUCAUUUCUUUUUUUAAACAAAAACAUUCUCACAGCGUCCAUAAAUCCCACAAAAACAUACAGCACCGUUAUUCAUUUAAUAACAGCUGAAUCAUAGCUGUUACUGAUAUGUGUGUAAAAUAAAAAAUGAAUUAAAUGUAUACUGUAUCACCAUGGAAACCCACUCCCCAAUGCCUUUUCCCAGUGCUCCCCAUACAGUACGCUCAACCUUAUUAAUAUCAUGUUUCAUCAAAACAAACUUCUUUUAUCUUUUUUCCACAAUUUUUUUUCCCUUUAUAUUUAUAUUUAUAUACUGUUAACCACUAGUGAGUAGAAAUAACUCAAAUGCAUUUGAAAUGCAUUUAUCUCAUACAAACAUUUGCAUGUUUAUGUAAGGCCGUGCAAAAUGAAAUCAUAAAAAGUGCAGAAAUCAUACGGUUCUCAUCAAAGGUGACAAUUCAUUGCACAUUGUCCAAAUAAAGUUAUUAUAUUUUUCAUCACCAGUAAGUCUCAGCAGGUGAUAUUUGAGUAAAUAUGAUAAACAUUACUGAAAUAAAUUUGUAACAUUUAAGUGUAUUUUACUAGGGAUUGAUUUUUAGUAUUAAAUAGUUAUAUUUUAUCAUAAUACUUAAAAUAUUAGCGGUUGAAUCAUAAUAGGUGGCCUUAAAUAAAUUGAAUUUAAAUAAAUCAUUAAAUAAAACGCACUUAUUGUAUAUAUGUAUGUUUUUACAUUGCACUUAUAUUUUUUAAAAAUACCUAGUUACAUCUGUAAUUACUUUCUGUAAUCGCAUUCCUAAUAUAAUAUUUUAUUGGUGAUAUUUUAUUUAACCUAAACUAACAAUCAAGCUUCUAUUAAUGUUCAUCUCAUUUUCUCAACGCUUUCUGUUCGAGUUUACUGAUGCGCUGUGAUCUAACAUAAACGCAAUCAUUUUUACCAAACAUAAAAAAAUGAAACCGUUCAUUGUCAGUCAAGUCCUCCUAAGUGCUGCUAUUUUAUUUUUCAGCUUAUAGAAACAUAAGACCUUUGAUGAGGCGAUUUCAUUGUUGUAUGCGAUUUCCAUUUUUCACUGUGAUUCAAACCAGAAGAGUUUUCCUCCCCGGCAAUCAUCUGAGGUCUCAGCAGCGGGCUCAGUCCUUCAUAAACAUAAUAUGCAAAAACCGCAUCCUUUCGAACCAAUAGCUAUCAGAAAUGAUCUGCUCGGAUUAGCUAAUGAGGAGGGAGGCGUUCUGUGGCCUCCUUGGGUUUAAGGGCACGGGUUUCACGCUCUCUCCGCACUUUGAGUCCCAGAACUGCAGGAGAGGGUCUCUUCGGUUUCUUCAUCGUUCCUGAAGGUACACCUGAAGAGGAGCACGCAUCCCUUCCACCUCACGUCCACCGGUGAGUCCUGAACACACACUGUACGGCUAGAAUUAAAGUCUUUUAUCGGAAUGCAUCGCGUCCCUGCGUUUUCCCCCCUCGAGUCUUAGCAGCAUUCGUGUUAAAAAGUGGACGGAAAAGCUUGUAAUUGCGAUUUGUGUUCGCAGUACUCGUUUUUUGCGGAAAGAUGGCACUUGCGGGACACCUGAAGCAGGAUGACGUUGCUGCGGCUAUCCAGGCUUGUCAAGCCCCGGGGACUUUCAACUACCAGGCGUUCUUUGAACAAGUGGGGCUGAUAGGUAAAGCUGCUUCAGACGGGGAGAAGGUCUUCAAGGCCCUGGACCAGGACAAGAGCGGCUUCAUAGAGAAAGAGGAGCUGAAACGCUUCCUCCAGAACUUCUGCUCGAAGGCCCGAGAGCUCACCGAGGCCGAGACCAACGCUCUCCUGGCAGCUGGGGACAUCGAUGGAGACGGCAAAAUCGGCAUGGAAGAGUUCUGCGACUUGCUGAAAUGAAAACGUGAUGAAUGUCUCCACUGAACUUCAUUUCAUGUUUCUCUCUUAUUUAUUUGCAUGCAUUUACCUGUGACGGCUUUUUACGCGAGUUGGUUAUUAAAACAUGUCUAGCAAGUCUUUGUAGUAAAUGUGCAAAUUGGGAACACAUCAAAAUCUGCUUCUGUAACUAGUGAUUGUAGAAUAUAUGAAACUGCUCAAUAAAAUGAAAUCGCCUGAUACAGGACUUCUUUUAUGCAGCUUUGGCUCAUGUGAUCUUUUAUACUUUUCAAGUGUCU